ACCAUGUGUAUAAUAAAUUAAUUAUUGCUCUGCUGUUUUUUUUAUUGAAUGUAAUAUGGCUCCUCAACUUAUUGAAAACCUAAUUGUUGAUACUAGUGCUUUUAUUAAAAAUGCCCCCUUACAGGAAAUUGGAAAAAAUAUCAUAACAACGUCUGAUGUGAUUGAUGAAGUUACAAAUAAGCGUCAAAUAAGAAGACUAGUUGUUUUACCUUAUGAUAUCAAAGUAAAAGAAGUAUUUCCUGAAAAUAUACUAUUUGUCACAGAAUUCUCUAAAAAGACUGGGGACUACGCCAGUUUAUCUUCUACUGAUAUAAAAGUUAUAGCACUCACAUACCAAUUGGAAAAGGAAUUAGUGGGAACAGAGCUUAAACAAGCUCCAACAGUUCAAAAAACUAUUGUAGCCAGUGCUGCAAAACCCAGCAACAAUUCGAUUGGAGAUGCUGUAUCAUUUUUUGGGUCUGCUAAAAUUAGCGAAGACUCUGCUAUAAUUAUUAUUAGUCCUGUUAAAUCGAAUGAUGAUAAUGAAGAACAGGAUUAUGAUGACGAUGAUGAAGAAUGCUCUUCUGAAGAAGAGGAUGAUGAUGAUGAUGAAUUUGGAUGGAUCACUCCAAGUAAUAUUAAUGAAGUGAAAAAGAACCUAAACAAUGAUAUUAUAGAAGAGAAACCUUCAGUAGUUGCUUGCGUUACUACUGAUUUUGCAAUGCAAAAUGUCUUGAAACAAAUAGGCUUAAAUGUUGCUGCACUAGAUGGUCGAGUUAUUAAACAACUAAGAACUUUUAUAUUGCGCUGUUAUGCAUGUUUUAAAACUACAAGUAUUAUGACUAAAGUGUUUUGCCCAAACUGUGGAAAUAAAACUUUAAAACGUGUUUCAGUCAGUUUGGAUGAGAAUGGAAAGCAAAAGAUUCAUAUAAAUUUGAGAAAACCAUUAACAGCCAGAGGAAAAAAAUUCAGUUUACCGACACCAAAAGGAGGAAAACAUGCUAACAAUCCCAUUCUUUCAGAAGGCCAACGUGUUCCCCAACAAAGAGUUAGUAAGCAAGCUAUGUUACAGAAUGAUCCUUUGAAUCCAGAUUAUAUUGCAGGGUAUUCACCAUUUGUAACAAAGGAUAUAAAUUCACGAUCAGCAAUGUUGGGAAUAAGACAUAAUGGUGGCAAUAUGAAACAUUGGAUGAGAAAAAAUCCAAAUGAAGCAAGAAGAAGCCGCAAGUAACAAAUGUAUAUAUGUAUAUAUAUUUAUUAUUUUUUCAACAUAAUCAUAUUCUAUUCACAAAAAGUUACUUAAAUAUAGGUAAAAAAAUUA